ACGUUUGGAAAACACGUGACUGAAAGAAACGAAUAAAUUACUAGUAUUCACUGCACGGCCAGACUGUUUAUGUGUUUACAUGUCUAUUUUUCUCUUCUGCUUUUACGCACAGGAGAAAUAUCACGUUCUUUGAAAGGGAUUCAUCAAGGAAGGCAUGUCUUCAGAACAUUGACCAACAAUGGACCAGUCCUCUAUAGAAUUGUUUAAAAGGUUUUAGGAAUAAAAAGAUAUGAAACGUUUCCUUCUAACUAUUUAUUUGAUGUUGCAGUGUUUUUAUGCACUGUGUACCCUCCCUGCUCCAGUCAAUGUUACCAUCGAUUCUCUCAACUUCCACCAUGUUCUCCGCUGGAUCCCUGGGCCAGGCACACCACCCAGGACCAUGUACAAGAUCUUUCGCAGAGAAAACAACAUGACCCUACAGCUACUACAUCAAACCAACAUGACAAAUCAGAAGCUGGAUCUGAAGCACCACAAAGAAGAACACAGAUUGUGUGUUCAGGCUUCCCACGACCUCUUAGAGUCGCCCUUGGCCGGGAUCACCUUCACCCCUUUCACACAGACUGUUAUUGGUCCUCCAACAUUGUCUUUGGAUGGAUGUGGCAAUUGCCUGGUAAUCAACAUCACACUGCCUGAGAUGGGAACCAUUCAAAAGGUCUAUGGGAGCACCGUAUCCUUUCAGAUCGACUGGAAGAGAGCAGGAGAGACUCAGUUCAAAGAGACCCGUACAAGUCAUUUAAGUUAUAUGCUGGAGAACUUGAAGGUGGGUGCAGAGUACUGUGUGAGGGUGCAUACGAAGAUCACCACCAACAAGAAAACACAGCUUUCUGAGUGGAAGUGUGCUCACACCAGUAUUGUGGAGCCUAACAGAGUCCCUGCUGUUGUAGCCGGGGUGUCGGUUCUCCUCAUUGUGAGUGGAGCAGGCCUGAUGGUUCUCAUGUUUGUCCUGUUCUACACUGGGUUCCUGUGCAAGUUAAAGACCCGCCUGCCUAGAUCACUGACUGCCCUGGUUGAGGGCUACCUAGUCAUCCCAGAGAGAACAGUUCCUGACCUGGUCUCUAUAUCCUCUGAGCCAGAAAAACAAGGAAAGGCCCUCACAUCAAAAGCACACCACAACAGAGAGAACUCAAACCGAGCAGGGGAGGAAGAGGAGGAGGAGGAUGAAGAGGAGGAGGGAAACGGUGCGGUCUACAUGGACCGCGACGUGGGGCUCUCCUUUGAUAGCAGCUCCAGCACCACACAGUCCCAGGAUGCAUCAGGGGCCAAUGUUGCCCUUCUUAACGGAGCAGGGCUUUCUGGGGGGUUGAGUUUUGAGGCAGCUGCUGAGGAGGAAGAGGAAGCUCCUGUGGUUGUGGUGGUGCUUGAAGGUCAGGGUCAGAGAGAAGUCAAAGGUGAACUAGCGAAGAUCAUUUCCAGUCUAGACGGAGACCAACCCAGACCUCUGGGACUUGUAGGGUUGGGUGGAGAGGAGGAGAAAGAGAUGAGGGAGGUGGAGGAGGAGAAAGAGAUGAGGGGUGAGACCUCUGGUAAUGUCAAUCUGUUCUCUGUGACUCUGGGGGCUUUAAAGAGGGAGGAGGAGGAGCAUGAGAAUGAGACAGAUGUUUUAUUAGGCUGUUCCAAACAGGAGCAGAAGCCUCUACUUCCCAUAGACUCCUUACAGAGGACAUUAGGACUAGACAGCAUGGGAUCACAGGGUGAAGAGGAGGAGGGGGGAAAUGGUUACUACAUGGACUGCGCCCCCAAGCUCUCCUCUAAAAGCAGCGCCGGCACCAUACAGUCCCAGGAUGCAUCAGGGGCCAAUGUGGCCCUUAACACAGUAGGGCAUUCUGGGGGGUUGAGUUUUGAGGCAGCUGCUGAGGAGGAAGAGGAAGCUCCUGUGGGUGUGGUGGUGCUUGUAGGUCAGGGUCAGAGCGAGGUCAAAGGUGAACUAGUGAAGGUAAUUUACAGCCAAGACAGAGAUCAACCCAGACCUCUGGGACUUGUAGGGUUGGGUGGAGAGGAGGAGAAAGAGAUGGAGGAGAAAGAGAGGGAGGAGACCACUAUUAAUAUCAAUCUGUUCUCUGUGACUCUGGAGGCUUUAAAGAGGGAGGAUGAGAAUGAGACGGAUGUUUUAUUAGGCUGUUCCAAACAGGAGCAGGAGCCUCUACUUUCCAUAGACUCCUUACAGAGGACAUUAGGACUAGACAGCAUGGGAUCACAGGGUGAGAUACAGGAAGAUACAGGCCGAGUACUGACACCGCCACAGACAGACUGCACACACAAAUACUCAGAAUAUUCAGAUAGACAUGCUGUCAGCUGUACAAAGACAUACUCUGACUGCCUGGUAACGCACACUGGCACUGUGCAGUCUCACAAUGAGACAGAGGAGGAGGAAGACUUCUCAGGCUAUAUGGGACAUUGAUGUGUGCGUGCCAUUUAGGCCUACAGUGUACGUGUCUUAGCCGAUAAUUGCACAGAUAUUCCACUUGGUUGAAUAUGCCUUCUAUCACGUGCAUUCCUUCCCAAAUGUUGUCUUCUGUUGAGAAAUGUGUAUGUAAAACAAAGGUAUUCACACUUUCCCGAUCCUCACCCCAAAACUAAUGACAGCCUAAACAUGUCUCUAAGUGUUAUCAGGAUUCUGUUCAUUCAGAUACAUUUGAUUUUUUGAAAUUAUCUUUAUCAAAAACGUUUGUAUAUUGUCCCAUGUACUAUUAAUUUGUAUUUUUUGUUUGUUAUUUGGCGACAUUAAUGCAGUUCCACCCACCCCGACUUUGAAUACCACUGAUGUGUGUCAGUUUCAUUUAUUGUAAUGUACGUGCAAUUUCAUGAAAGAAGAAUUAGAGCUCAAUAAUCAAAUCGUGA